AUGCGCCCAUCACUAUCGCUCUUGAAGCGAUCGGUUUGGAAAGGUCCGUUAGAAAAAUCCUGCAGUGCUUUUCUAGGCCCGCCGCGCGAACUCGAACACAAUAUUUCCUCGGCGGCCGCGGGAUGGCCAAACAUUGUCCCAUUUCCUCAGCUGCGGCCUGCGGGAUCAGGAAAGGCACCUCCGGUCAUCAAAACCCAAGCGCGAGCCGCUUCGAUUCUGCCCAGCUUUGUCGGACUCCGCUUCGCCGUACACAAUGGCAAGAUAUACCAAGAAAUAUACAUUACGGAGGAGAUGGUAGGCCGGAAAUUGGGCGAGUUUGUUGCAACGAGAAAGCGGUUCUCGUACAAGCAAACCAAGAACAAAUAG